CCAGUGUGCGCAAGAGACGGAGAGAGUGGAAGGAGCUCACUGCCUUCCACAGCUGCACAGAUCCUUGGAGUCUCUUCAUCAUCCCCCCCACCAACACCCCAUCAUCAUCAUCACAGUCUUUUCAAGCCAGUUAGAUCAUGAACCUGCUCUUUUCUGGUUGCUAAGGAGGGGAAAUCGAGCUCCGAGGAGUGGACGAGGCGGUACUUACUAAGAGACAGAAAUAGAGAUCAAGAGACCAAGCAUGGCCCAGGCCUCUCAGGACCAAGGUGCAGUGGGCGUGGCCGACCCAGAUGAGGACUCACCCAACAUGAUUGCUUACAGGAAGAUUGAGGACAUUAUCACACGCCUCCGAGAUGAAACUGAAGGUGUGCCUGUCAGAACGGUCAAGAGCUUCCUGUCCAAGAUUCCCAGCGUUGUUACAGGUUCUGACAUUGUUCAGUGGAUGAUGAAGAACCUCAUCAUAGAUGAUCCUGCGGAGGCCAUACACAUCGGCAGCCUGAUCGCCGCCCAAGGCUACAUAUUCCCCAUCUCUGAUCAUGUUCUUACCCUCAAGGAUGAUGGAACGUUAUACCGCUUUCAGGCUCCAUACUUUUGGCCCUCUAAUUGCUGGGAGCCAGAGAACACAGACUACGCCAUCUAUCUGUGCAAGCGGACCAUGCAGAACAAGACCCGGCUGGAGCUGGCGGACUAUGAGGCGGAGAAUCUAGCGAGACUACAGAGGGCUUUUGCCAGGAAGUGGGAGUUCAUCUUCAUGCAGGCUGAGGCACAGGUCAAGAUCGACAGGAAAAAAGACAAAACGGAGAGAAAGAUUCUGGAUAGUCAAGAGAGAGCCUUCUGGGAUGUUCACCGUCCCGUGCCUGGGUGUGUCAACACCACAGAGAUGGACAUCAGGAAGUGCCGUCGCCUGAAGAAUCCUCAAAGGGUGAAAAAGUCAGUGUAUGGGGUAGUGGAUGACACACAGACUCAGAGUCCUGUACACACACCCUCCCAGCAGAGCAGCAAGGACACCAGAGAGGACGUAGAGAAAAAUGCAGAUAGAAGCUUAUCAUUCCAAGGUGAUGAUUUAUUGCAAUCGAGUAACUGGCAAUUGAUGAGCUACACAGAGCAGUAUCUUGACUAUGACCCCUUUGUGACAGUACCAGAGCCCGCUAACCCCUGGAUCAGUGAUGAUGUCACAUUCUGGGAGCUAGAGGCCAGUAAGGACCCGAGUCAACAGCGAGUAAAGAAGUGGGGCUUCUCGUUGGAUGAGGCUUUAAAGGACCCAGUGGGCCGUGAGCAGUUUCUUAAAUUCCUGGAGUUCGAAUUCAGCUCCGAGAACCUGCUGUUCUGGUUGGCUGUGCAGGAUCUGAAGUGCCGCCCCCUGCAGGAAGUGGCGGCUCGCGCUCAGGAGAUCUGGCAAGAGUUUCUUGCUGAGGGAGCUCCCAGUGCCAUCAAUCUGGACUCACACAGCUACGAGCGCACCAGUCAGAAUCUAAAAGACCCGGGCCGCUACAGCUUUGAAGAUGCCCAGGACCACAUCUACAAGCUGAUGAAGAGUGACAGCUACCCUCGUUUCCUGCGCUCCAAUGCUUACCAGGACCUCCUGCUGGCCAGAAAGAAGCCUGAGACUGAGCAAGGCCGCCGCACAUCCCUGGAGAAAUUCACUCGCAGUGUGGGCAAGUCUUUGACAAGUAAACGACUGACAGGCCUCAUGCAGUCCUCCUGACGAGUCCUGCUGUUUGCAGUUUGUUGAGGUGGAAGGAUUGUGGCCAUGACGGACCACAUGUAUGGACCACCCUCUCUCCAAAACCCACCCAAACACCGCACAGCUACCGACUCUAGAUGGCAGCAUGCAAUAAGU